AUGGCUGCAACAUUCAAUUGCAUUCAUUCCAUUAAUCAAUCUCGUGAGGAUUGGAAGAUCAAAGUACGCAUUGUUCGAUUGUGGUCCAUUGCUCCUCAUGCUGUUUCAAACGAGCCUACAUCACUUGAGAUGGUUUUGCAGGACGAAGCUGUGUGUGAUCGAAUUAGAGCUUUUGUUAGGAAAGGAGUUGCUCGUCACCAUUCUCGAUUUCUUCGUGAAGGUCGUGCCUUUAUUCUCACGCAAUUUGGUGUUGUUGAGAAUUCUGGAUCAUACAGGACCACACACCACGCUUUUAAAGUGAUGUUUCAAUAUUCGACUACUGUGCGACCUGUGGUGGAUAACAAUAAGAUCCAUUCUCAUGGCUUCUGCUUUACCCCAUUUAGUGAUAUCAUAUGCGAUAUCAUAAGGAGACUUGCUGCAGUUAGGGAGAUUCAAAAAGUUGUUGUCAAUGGACAACAGGAGCAAAGGCUUGAUAUAUUAUUGGAUGAUGAUAAGUAUAAAGAUCUGCUUACCUUUAUGUGUUUUUAG